CGGGAUGUCCACACUACCUGAAAAUAUUCUCGACAACAUGGUUAUUCCUCCCCUGUACGAGGCGUACAGAGAAGCCCACGCAAGUUCCCUGAAAGAGCACACCAUCCACCACAUCGACGGAACUGCGUUUAAUCAAGUGUUCUUCUUGUCCUUCGCCCUGGGCCUCUGCGAGAAUAUGGACAAAUCUGCGAUGCGAGAUAUCGUGAUCGAAGGCAGAGCCAUCCCUGCCAGGUACAGAGUCAAUGUUCCCCUCAUGAACUUCAACAAGUUCGGCAAGAUCUUUGGGUGUCCGCCUGGUUCUCCCAUGAACCCCGUCCACAAGUGCACCACCUGGAUGAAAUACGAGAAAUAAACACGCAGCCGUUCUGUGUA